AUGAAGGUCAACCCUGCUCCUCUACACUUGGCUCAGACAGUCAUCACUGGACUUGUCGUUACCAUGAGCCUUGCCAUCGUGGGGACUGCCGGACACACCCUGGACGUCUUCAACAAACAACAAUCAUCAAACCCAUGGUGGCUUCCUCUCUGGCGUGACCAUUUUGAUGUCCACGGCACCAAGGGGCUCAUUGCCUCUUCGGUUGUCACUUUGGUCCUGGGGAGUGUCUUCCUCGUUCUAUCCGCGGUCCCUAAGUUCAACCUCGCCGGCAGACCUACACUGCGCGCCCUUGCUGCCAUCGGAUCGUCUGCUCCCUCUGCCGUACUGUGUCUAGCAACCAUCAUUUACGCCUUUGUUCUCAACAACGACGCACCCGAACUUGACACCAUCCAGACCUGGACGUGCAAAUACAAGAAUGGACGGCCGUUGCAGCAAGACAUGGCAAUGACUACGAACAUGGGCAACAGCGACUUCGGCAGGCUGUGCCACGAGAGCAAGUUUGCGCUCUAUGGCACCCUGGUAGUGUUUCUGAUGUUGAUUUUGAGCACCAGCUUAGGCGUGGUUGGUUGGUGCGCAGACAAGUGGGCUGCAAGACAGACAAGGAAGGAGAUGGAAACGGCAUCGUAGAUGAUGGGAAGGUAUUAGGUGGCUUCAGUUUGCGUAUGGGAGACAGUAUCAUGAUGAUAUGAAACGUCGUGGAGAUGGUCGGAGAGUAAGGUGGCAGCGCGCCAGGCUGUGUUUCAGAGUAUUCGGCGCGCCGGGGAUUUGUUCCAUUCGCCUGGCUGAAUUCUUUUUUUUCCCCUGCAAAAGGCUUGUCGUUAAUGGCCGGUGAUGGAGCGUGGAAACAUAUGUAGCAGAGGUCGUAUUGUCCGUAAUUUUGGUCCAAUGAGCAUUCCGUUUCAACGUC